UUUCGUUUAUUUACUUAGUGAUAUUUUUGCGAAUACUGAAAAUAAAUCGCUAUGUCGGAACAGAACUCGGAUUCCUCGACGUCGGAGUCAGAAAUAAGCGCGUGUAGUUCUAAUUUUGAUCCAUUGAAGGCCUUGUACUCAGCCAAGACGAAAAUACCGGUUGAAAAUGCUCCGAUGUAUGAAAAUCUUGCUCAGUAUGAAAUCGCUCAGAAAAAAAAGGAUGUUAUCCCUGUAGGUCACUCGGAACAAGUGAGGAAGAGAGAAGAAGAGAAGGAGAGAAAGAGACUGCAGGAGGAAAAGGAGUUGCAGGAAAAAAACAAGCAGCGGUUUGCUAAAUACCAAGGUAUGAUGCCAACUGUACGAAGAUUGAAAAAAACCAAGAACCUCCUAACAAGAAUAGAGCAGAUGGAGGGACCUCUGGGAGUCCUGAAAGACUGCGUGGACCAGAGGCUAAGGAUAAAGGUAAUAACUCGAAAUGAAAGAGGAAUAAGAGGGGACCUCCACGCAACUCUCAUAGCGUUUGAUAAGCAAUGGAACCUGGCUUUAUGUGAUGUUCUGGAGACUUGGAAACGCAAGGGGCCGAAGAAGAGGAAAAUUCCCCCAGGAUUAGGUACACCAGUGCCCAAAGGCACAGCAGCAGCAAUAUCUCCAGUACCAGUGGUGACAGAAAAGCCCCUCGGGAAGGGCUGGUGGGAGUGCACAAGACACAUUCCGCAGAUAUUUGUUCGUGGAGAACAUGUUGUACUAAUCAAUGUCGUGGAGCGAUGAUGCUUCUUUAUAGUUAUGCCAGCCUGGUACUUUUUUUGCUUCGGAUUGAAAAAAUAU